AUGGCGGGCUCAGAAAGCGCCAGUGAGAUAUUCACUCUUGCGUCAGAGUGCAGUAAGCUCUUCCAGGAUUGCGCUCAUACAGGCCCGGAAGAUUCCAAGACACAGAAGGAAGUCGCUUCUUUGUCCAAAGAUUACGAGUCUUGGUGCUUCAAUCUCGGUGUUUUCGCGCCCCCGAACGCCUCUCUUGAUCAGACGCUACGCUAUAGCGAUGAGAUUCGAGGUUUCGUGACGCAGUUCUUAUUAAUGCUUCGCAGAAACCUAGAAUUCAUCAAGAUGCAGGGCCAAUCCAAAGAUUCACUUAGGUCGACAACACCACGGCCAAAUCAGAAUGAAAAUGUUCCCGUGGAGGAACUUGAAGGCACAGUCGAGGAAGCGCUGGAAGCCAUCGUGGCUGUGCUUCAAAGGCUUGAUCGAUUAGGCGCAACCAUUCAAAAGUACUCCGCUUCAAGUCUCAGCAGUAGGCUCAAGAGUUUUGCUGAACAAGAGAAUGAUGAGAAGUACAGGCUUCUAGCCACUAACAUUGUUGCCUUUAAGUAUCCUAUGGCUACACCGUCUCUUCGCACCCAACUCGUGGAAGCCAUGACUGAUCGUCGGCAGAGACUCAGGUACAUCAGACAGCAUCAGCAAAAGACAACCCCUAAGGACCGACAAAGCUCAAAGACGCGAAAGGACCACAAUCCAAACACUUCCAACCACGAACCAAGCGAUUUCGAAUCCGAUCAACCCACGUCAAAGACCCGAGCUGCCACUCUCCAUGACCAGGGAGUCUCUCAGUCGAGUGGCAACACGCCUUCUCAAGACACUGAAACAACUCCGAGCACUGAUUCUUGGACGUUUCUUCCAACCAGUUCCGCUAUGGUGCGCGCGAGAUGCGAUGGGGGCAAGUCGGUCAUUUCCUCCUCGGAAGCGAACACUACACGCAUGGUCGGGGAUUUGAACAACUAUCCUGAGCCGCCCACCCACGAGCAGUGGAAUCAAGAUCCAAAGUGUCCUACUUGCUGGAGACAGCUCAAAGAGUCAGAGCUGGAAGACAAGAAAUGGCGCUUCAGGCGCCAUGUCGACACAGAUUUGGAGCCAUACGUCUGCAUUUCGGAGGACUGCAGAAAGCCACUACAGUUCUUCGCCGACUUGAGCUUAUGGGAGAACCACAUGCGCAAUCAACACUCGACAAAGUGGACACAGUUGGUUCACAAGCCAACUGUUUGGAGAUGUGAUUUUGAACAUGACGAGGAAGAAUUUCGCGACCAAGAGGCCUUCCAAGAGCACAUCUGCAAACAGCACGCCGACUCGGAUGAAGCUGAACGCAAAAUGAUCGCUACGUUAGGCACAGGAGUCGAGGCUAGACCCAAGCAUAUCUGCCCCCUCUGUGGUUACAACCCUACGCUUGUCCAAGACAACCCUUCGGAUUGUCUCUCUGUUACACCACAGAAGAGCGAGAUAGACCAACUUUCCGAGCUGGCCAAGCACAUCGCUGGACACCUCAGAUGUCUGGCAUUUCAUACGUUGGAUCAUCUUGACAGCGACCAAGAGAGCGUAUCCGAGCAAGAGUCGAACACUACCAGCGUCAAGGCCCGAAGCAGAUCCCGUCCUUCCAAUGGGCCCAAGGAUCUGAACGAUGUGUCUACUGGUUUCGAAACCGACGAUGACCCCAGAUCUGCCUCUACUUUCGAUGAGAUCAGAUCGAGCCGAGAGGAGGCCAUGCCUGUCGAUGAAGCGUCGACUCAGAUCGUGUCCUUUCCACCCAAAUUCGACGAACAUUGGGAGGGUAUUAGAAAGACGAACCCUACUGAGGAAGACACAGCUGUACAUCACAUGAUGCUCUACACGCUUUGGGACAGAGCUUACGACAGUCUCAAAAAGAUAAACCCCCUUUUGGUGGAGAGGUACGAGAUGUUGCUCUCCGAGGAGCUUUCCGUAAACCCGGAAGGCGAAUGGAAGCAAAUUUUCAAUGUCUUCCACGGCGUUGAUAUCCACAAACGCCGGACACUACUAAACACGAUUGCCGACGACUUGCUAGAGCAGAUGCGCCACACGUUUCGAUCCAGCAAAGCCACCGAACCUGUCAUACAGGCAGUAGAGUGGCUCUCAACCUCUGCAAUGGGAUUUCCCAAGUCUACUUUGCCACGAGUUGGCUUUUUUCUUGUCUUGAGAUUCCUAGCAAACGUCCAAACCCGAGGAGGAGGCGAUUGGCGAGGAUUUAUCAUUCUUAUGUCUCGAAUGCCUUGGCACUCGGCUCUUGAAUUUCAGCUGAGGAGCUUAAAAUGGUCUUCAACAGAGACUCGUAUCAGGGAGCUGAUUCAACUCGAGCAGAGUUCUUUACAGCUAUGCCAAAAGAUGCUUGAACUUCAGGUCCGAGCUGUGGUUCCUGAUGGCCAACUUGAUGACCUGGAGGAGCUACUAUCUGCGGCCAAGAGCCUAGACAAAGAAGUCAUGGACCAAGCUUCAGCAGCUGGCAUCGGCAUUGAUCUGGCGCCAAUUCAAACCGGGCACCAAUGGACUGCGGCCACAAUGCUGGAGUUGGUGACAGCUCUUGGUCCUGUCCAGGAGAACGUUCGACUUUUGGAUGGUUUGUUCGAGACUGAUCCUCGAAAUGUCAAACGCACCAUUGAAAAGCUCAGUGGCUGGCUACUCAGCGACAGGCUCAGCCGAGUGCUAGACCAUCCAAGCUUCCUUCAAUUUCAGAAUGACCCGCACACUCGACUCUUCUGGAUCCGGGGCCUCCUCGCCACAGGCAAGACGACACUACUUUGUAGCAUGAUCGAUCACCUAUCAGCGAAGUUGACAGUCGUGCCCUACUUCUUUUGUCAGAUCACUAAUCCCAAUCUCAACAACGGAACAGCUGUCUUGCGCGGUCUCCUAUAUAUACUUGCGCGUGCGAGACCAUCUCUGAUCUCCAAAUACAGCCUUCUACAAAAACAGCGAGAAGGACACAUCUCAGCCUGGGAGCCUACCUCUGAACUUUUCGAAACUGUGCUAACAGAUCCCACACUACAGGGGACGGUACUAGUUGUUGACGCUCUGGAUGAGUGUGUAGCGGAUCGAGACUCACUCAUGAAGUUUAUCAAGAGACCUUCACGCGUCAAGUGGAUUGUCUCGAGCCGCAACAUUCCGGACAUCAUAGAAGGAUUGGGUGAUGCAACCAAGGUCACUCUGGAGCUUGAAAGAUGCCAUCUUGGGGGCAUGCGUGGUUUGACGGAAAGGUGGACGAGUUGA